AUGGAUAAUUGGACCGAGGAUCAACGGCGCCAGUUUAAUGAAGACUGGGCUAAUGAUGAUGGUUUAUGCGAGCUCGAACAGUUGCCUGAACCGUCAGAAAACCAAAUAGGUAAAGGGAGCGAGGACGUCCCCUCAAAACGCCAAAGAUCAGAGGAAUAUUUUUCAAUCAAAUCUGUCAAGCAAGUCAACGUUCGCAAGUUCAAGACGACAGGUACACAUUAAACUGUUUUUUAUAUUUUUAAGUGUGUAUUUUUAAGCAUAACAUCAGUUACGUGUGGGAUAGAGUUUAUUACGUACGAGUAAGGUUUCGUUUGGUUUUUUUUCAAACUAACUUGUCACUUUCUAUCAUGAUUGUUUUAUUAUAAGAAACGUGUUUAUUGCUUGCGUGUACAUCUGUAACUGGGCGUACAAAGAAUGGCUAUCCAACGCAUUAUUUGCAAUCUUUUUCCAUACACUCAAAUGAAGUCCAUACACUCAAAUGAAGCUUUAGUAUUUACAUCACUAUCCGGUAAAUAGCGUUGUUCGUACAACCCACGAAGCCCCCUCCCCCAUUUUUAGGUAUCCUUUUCUGUAAAAUUGUUCUAUAUUACCGGGUAAUCAUGUUACAGUUAUGAUGAUUAUUGUAUGUUCAAUGAAUGAUAGCUAUUAGAGGACAUUUUCAUCAAAUUUUGGGUCUUUCUGAUUGCAAUUACUUGGUUAGUACAAUAGUGUAUUACGAUUUUCAGGUACAGACUACAAUGUCCAAUUCAACCCGUUGGACGUGCACGGGGUUCCAAACGUCAUGUGGACAUUGAACAGUGCUUUUCAACACUUGUUCGAUCGUUUAACGAGUGAUAUGGCUCCUCGCGAUCAAGUUCGCUUGAUCCUCAACUCGCAUCAGCUGCACAAGUCCAUUUCCUUGCCUUGCCUUUCCUACAACGAGAUCGUCUAA